AGGGCUGUGGUUAGGGCUAAUAUUUUGCUUUUGUUUGUUUAUGUUUGGAAAACAAUGAAAACAUUAAAAAGUAAAUAGGUACUCUUCAGUAUCCAUAUUAAUUGGGAUAUUAUGGAAAAUUAUAGCAAAGGAAAAAAUGUGGAGAAACCUCUUGACAGACAGGACAUUCCUAUUCCAGAUAUUUCAUCAAAUUUCCUGUGGAUUAUCGUCAGAGGUAGUAGCCGAAUGGGGAAGCUUUUGGAAGAUGCGCUUAAUAAAUUUCCAGAUUCAAAAAUUGUUAUAUGGACUGGAAUAGGAACAUCAGUUGGAAAGGCAAUAACUUGCGCGGAGAUAAUGAAAAAGGAAUACGAAAACAAAUUGCAUCAAAUAACUAAAAUUUGUUAUAGAAACGUUGAAGAAUACUGGGACCCAUUAUUACCAGAAUUGGAUCAGUUAAUUGUGAAAAGGAGAUUACCCAUGGUACAUAUAUGUCUGUCUUUGAAUAAAUUAAAUGAACAAGAAUUAGGGUAUCAAGCUCCUGCAGACAUAACACUGUAUAAAGGACCUUGCAGUUCAAAUACACAAAAUAUCCGAGACCACCAUAGAAAUAGGAGUAAAAUGGAUAUCACUAAGAAAUAAAAUAUUGAAUAACUGAGACAAAUUGAUUUUCAAUACAAAACAUAAAUAAAAUUAUAUAUAAUAUUUAUGUCAGGGCAAUAAGUAUUAUAAAUUGCACACACAGAUUCUCCAUAAUCCAUUGUGCAGUUCAAAGUCAUUUGUACCAAAUCAAUGUAUCUUGAGUAUUGAAUAUUCUGUUUAAUGCAGAAUUGAUAGAAUUGCAAAUUUAUGAAUUAUUAAAAAAAAAAACAAGGUUUUUACACACAAUACUUGUCUAAGGCGAUCUGUGCUAAGGCUACCAGUUUUGAUAUCAUAAAUGUAAUGUCCUAUCAUCAAGCCAAAACAAGACAUAAAAUUAUUUUGGAUUCACAUCACAAGCUUAAGUUGUAUGUUACAGACAAGAACAGUCCUUUCUUUGGUAAUAUAUAUUCCUCAAAUUCUAUUGUUUUUCAAAAUUUGAUACACAUAAAAAUACUUAAAUAAAGUUCAUGGAUGAAUAAAUAUAUUAAAUCAAAUCAAAUUUUUAAGUACUAUCUAUUUCAAAAUCAGCUAAAGGUGAUCACAUGAAAGUCGAUAAGCUAUUGGAACAAAUACAAAUUUUAUGUCCAUCAAGCCUAAUCCUUUCCAUAACGGGAAAUCGUUCCAGAAAAAACAGACCCCAAAAAUAAGGGAUAAUCAUUCAAAUCCAAACAAUUAUAAAAAUUAUAACUAUAUAUGUACCUAGAUUUAAAAAAU